GGGGCUGCUGUUGAUCACUUGAUCCCUGUGUGGUGUUGUUAAUAUAAAAGAUUGUUCUUCCUAUGUCUUGUUUGAGUUAUAUGGGCUGAUUUAGUCAUGUUAGUGUUGUUGUAGCUUUCAUAACUUGAGUUUAGUUAAGAGUGGUACACUACUACAUUAACGAGCAAUGGCGACGCUCUAUUGCGACGGUUAGACAUAAACCGUAGCAAUAGAUACUUUAUUGCGACAGUUAGGACGCUAUUGCUACGGUUAGAUUAAAACCGUCGCAAUAGACUACUUAUUGCUAUAGUCAUAUUACCUAUUACGAUGGUUAGUUUGUAACCGUCGCAAUAGGGUACCUAUUGCUAUGGGAUGGAUACCUAUUACUACGCUUGUAUAUUAACCGUCCAAUAGACUUUCAAUUGAUGAAAUUAUAUUAAAGAAGGCACACAGUACUUUCUGAUUGUUUCUUUGCAUUUGUUUGCCGGGAAAUAAAAAAUUAAAAAUUUCACUUAUACUUUCAAAUUUCCUACCUUCAUCAUUCAUACCAUACUUUCUGAUUCUGCCAUUACAUUCAUACCAUACUUUCUUCUUUGAUUUACACAUCAAUUAAAUUUCUCAAAAAACCUAAUUUCACAAACCUAAUUUCUUCUUUGCAAAUUUCGAUCUACUGCUUCGACCUAGCUGUUUUGCGUGGUUGUUCGGAGGUGUUGCGUGACGGCGGCUGCUACGCGUUGUCUCCACUCAUCUACUGUGGUUGGUCGGCGCUUCUAGUGUUCGUUGGAUGCUGCGGGCUGUCAUUUGCUAUUAGUUAAUUACUGCCGAUCGAAGAAGUUGUUGUUCAGAGUGAGGAUAAUGACUCAAGGUGCUAAAAAGAAGAAACGGCAGCAAAAGAAAAAGAAUUCAAAGGAUGAAAUUUCAGAGGAUAAAAUAAUAGAGAAGAUUUCAGCUUUGUGCGAGCAAGAAAGAUUCCAAGAGUGCUCGGAUUUUAUCAUUUCUCUUGAUGAUGAGUGGUUGAAAAAUUUAAAAGUCUAUUCUGUGAAAGUGCAUGCACUUGCAAGUUUGAGACGGUUUGACGAGGUAUUAGCUUUGCAAAAACGACUCGAAGAAUUUGGACAUAAAACGACUUUGGCACUUAGUGUAUGGUUUAUGUUUGCUUAUGCCAACAGAAAGCAAAAUAAUAUUUUGGAAGCAUAUCUUCUUUAUAAAUAUGUGCAUGAUCAGAAGGGUGCAGUGCAUGUAGAUGAUGAAAUAUUCAAAGGUUGUCUCAAAUGGAUAAAAAGACUACAACCGAAAGUUCAACCAGAUUUGGAUAGAAUUGCAGUGGAAAGAGCUAGUAAAUUUUUAGAUGAUGAGCGUGCUGCCUCCUCUUCCACCAAGGCUCCUGCCUCCUCUUCCACCAAGGCUGCCACCUCUUCCACCAAGGCUCCUGCCUCCUCUUCCACCAAGGCUGCCACCUCUUCCACCAAGGCUCCUGCCUCCUCUUCCACCAAGGCUGCCACCUCUUCCACCCAAGGCUGCUUCCACCCGACCAAGGCUGCAUCCACUCCGACCAAGGCUGCAUCCACUUCGACCUUGGUUGCGUCCGCUUCGACUUUGGCGAUCCCUUCUUUGACCUUGGAUCCCUCACCUUUGGUUGUGGAUGCCUCUUCCCAAAAAAUGAUGAAGUUUACAGAGGAUGGUGUGAUAUACUUUGAAAUGACCCAGCUUGAUGAAUUUUCAUAUCUUGGUGUAAUGAAGAUAGGCGGGAGUUUUUUUCCCAAGUCGUGCAUCAAAAUUGACGAGAAUUCUACUUCAGAUGUCUCAAUUAGGCUUAAGAAAAACUCAUGCCUAUUGAACAUUGAAUUUUCAAUGUAUUUCCACUCCCUUUCUAGUAGGGUAGCAAUUGUUGAGCCGGUCCGUCCAGUAAAAGCGUUCUUUGAAUUGAAGCUUGAAGAUUUCAAAUCGAAAGCAAUGGCUCAAACUUGUAAAAAAUGGUGGGAAUAUAUCAAAGACGACUUUUUAUCAAUAUUUCGAGGCGUAAUAUGUGGCAUGCUUGCCAUAUAUUCAGAUCAAAAAGUCUGUAGUGAUUUGGAAAAAUCACUUUAUGUCACCGAGGAGGGAGAAGCCAAAAUAUUUCAUAUUUCUCAAGAAAAAUUUACAUUCAGCCAAGCGCAAAAAGAAGUGUAUGAUCUGUUGUCCAUUAUUGAAGGAGUCAUUACUUUGAUAAGACCAAGAUCAAGACAAGAUUUGGAAACUUGGCGUAAAGAGUUUGAGCUAUCUUAUGAACUGCCUUUAGAAUUAGUUCAUUUUUUAAACAGCUUAAGAGUCAGGAAAAUAUGUGAUAGCAUUCAUCCAAUGUUUUUGAUUGAUCACCCAUUUUUCUGGUCGAUAAAUCAUCGGGUUUCAUUCAUCCGGUUUCUUGAAGAGGCUAUUAAAGAAAGGCUAAUCAAUAAGAAUCUUUUCAAAGUGGAAAUGAAUCGGAUGUUUAGGAAUCAAAAUUGGAGGAUUGAAGUCUCAAAUGACAUGUUAUUGUCAGAAAUCUACAACUACAAAGGACAUGCCUUUUAUGUUGAAUCAAUUCAUGUCAUUAAUUUUAUUCAUGCAGUGUUUUCCCAUGCUAAUGACUAUCAAUAUGAUACCAUACGCGGGAAAGAGGGUGGUUUGACUCUUGAGGAAAGGGAAAGUCUAAUUACAAAAGUGUUUCCUUCAUUAUAUACAAAACUUUAUGACACCUUGUGUAAUCAUGCGAAAAAUUCUAGUGGGAAAUAUACAAAGUCAUUUUCAGAUGUUCUUAAAAGUUUUUCAAGUUGUGGAUCUCAAUAUUGAUUUCCUGUUCCUGGUAAGCAUUUGAUAUCGAUUUGGGGGCUAUUUCGGUGUAGUGUUUUCGGGUUUUUUCUAGACAGUUUUGUGACUGUCAUAGGGGCUAGUUAGUGGUUGUUUUAGGUUACAUUGUGUGUGAAUAGUGUUUGAGGUGUGUGGGCAAAGGUGCCGUAUUAUUGCUUGUGUGUCUUGACGAUGUGAGUAUGUGAUAGGUGUUGCACACGUGAUGGUUGUUGAGUGGUAUUGUGUAUGUGAUGGGUGUAGAGUGUGUUUUGGUAUUGGGUAUUAAGCAUGUCAUUUAUGAGUUAAUUUGUAUGUUUGGAAUUUUUGAUACUCCUUGUUACAUGAGUUGUAGUGGACUAGAAGUGCGUAAUUUGACAUUAUUUCUUUGGUUUAUUGGUGAUGAUGGGUAAUUGAACUUUUGGACUAGGCGUACUUUUUGCGGAAUAUGCAACAAACUACUGUGAAAAGGCAUUGUAAAUAACUGUUAAUUGACACAUAGAUUAAACUAAAUGUCUUUACACAUACAUUAUGUUGUAUGAUUCAUAUAAAAAUUAAUAUUUUCUUUCUAAUUCCUUUUGGAAGUCUCGUAUAAUAAUUACAUUCAUUGUCAUUGCUGAAACUAAAAGGUUGGACAA